CGCUCAACUUACUUCGCCCGCGACGGAUCCCCUGAUAACACCGCUCUACCAACGACCGUGCUGUGCCAACGACGGAAACAUCCUUACGCAUGAUACUCUAGCGUGUGUGCUUCGCGUCGUGUAAGCCAACAGCUGAUUGCUGGAAUCGGUGCUUCCGCCACUGACCUUUGCCAAGUGAUCCUCGCAUUUUUGUGGUUUUGUGUGUCGCGUUCCGUCGAGAGCGCUCGAUCGAUCAAGUGCAAAGUGAAGUGCAAAGAUUGCGAAUUUCUUUCACCAAUCCUCGGUUCCUGCUAUACGCCGAAUCAAUGGCGCUCGAAGCUACCACAUUCUUCGAUUGGGCCUCCAACCAGGGCGUUUCCUUCUGGGAAGUUGUGUCCCGCAACUUUACCCAUCCUGGUCCCUUCGGUCCGGUGCCAAUAUCAAACAGUGCACAAUUAGUGCAGGAUGAAAAUCGGCUCGAUCUGCUGCUAUCGCCGGCGCAGUUUGGACUACUUACUGGCGUUGUUUUGUUUCUGUUUCUGCGACACAAAAUAGCCCGAUGGAGGGAAGAGCACAGCCACCUCAAAAUGACCAGCAGCGCAGACAUUCGCCGGGCAGCGUACACCUUCCUAACGUUUCUCGAGUUCCUGGCGCUCGCUCCGUUCUUGUGCACGAUUCUGCUCGUAUUCCAGCUGUACCGUACGGUGAUAGGAGCUGUGCUAAAACACCGCCAUGGGAAACAUUUCAAGGGCUUGCUGGACGGUGCCGAUGUCGUUUGGGCAAUUGAAGAUCAAAACUCACGUGGCAUGAUCAACAUCAUGGCGAACGUAGAGGAGCCCGUUGCGAGCUGGACAACCGGUGAGAGCUCGAUGAGCGCGGAAAUUCUGCUGACAUUACGCAAACGCAUCUCCUCGCGACUCAUGCGCAACUACCGACCGCAUCCAAAGAUGUUCUGGAAACGCAACGUAGAACUUGGAUACUACUUUUGGUCCGACCAGUCCGAGCUUACCGUAGAAGACUACAUUCGCUAUAUGGAUACAAUGCCCUUAGCUGAUGGAAAACGAUUCAUCGAGGAACAACAGUUGAGGAGUUUGCUGAGCAAAAUUAACAAUCGACACCUUCCAGCAGAUCACACCUCCUCGUGGGAAGUGCUUGUAGGCAGGCAACCAUUGCUUGAUAAAGAACGCAACAUUCUCCAGUAUCCGAUCCUCUUCCGUGUCCAUCAUUCACUAGGAGACGGAGUGGCCCUGAUGCGUCUGCUUCUGGAAGCUAUUGUCGACAAGGAAGUACCAUCGCGCUGGAAGCAUCUGUCCAAGCUAAAGGUGAUGAACAUCGACUACAUCCUGAAAGAACAGAAAGCCUCCGAUCAUCACCAUUUGACCAUAGGCGAAACAAUGCUCCAGCGCAUAUGGAAAAGAAUUCCCUCUCUCACCGAUCUAGCAACGCAACGGGACCACGUUUUGCGAAUCCUUUGGACCAUUUACACUGCACCCGCCUUCUUUCAUGAUGUAUCUAGACGUCAGGUCGAUAAUAACUGCAUCCACGCUUCACAAAUGGCCAACGAGAAGGUGGUCAGCUGGAUACACGAGGAUCACAACCGUGAUACACGCUGGGUUGAGAUUAUCAAGCGCACUAAACGGCUUCUGCCUGGAACGCGGUUCUCGGACGUUUUCCUCACUGCACUUUCCUCCAGUUUGGAAACAUUCUUUGCCAGCAAAAAUGGUACAUCGCCAAAAAACCUCACAGUCGUGCUUCCUGCAAGAAUCGAGAAAGAGUCUCCUCACUUAAAGCUACACAAUCGCUUUUCGGUAGCUCUGCAAACGCUACCAAUUACUCCCGGUAUACAGAUGAACGACACCAAUAGGCAUUAUGCACUAACUAAGCGUAUUUUGGCAGUUAAUAGUUAUUCCGAUGUAUUGCGUUCUUCGUCCGACUAUUUGAUUAACUAUUGGAUCAUGUCUAAAAUGACUUGUCUCUUUCCGGAGACCAUACUAAGGAAGAUUCUCAAAAGCGCACACAGCACGCUGGCGAUCUCGAAUCUACCGGGACCGCAGCAGAUGCCCCGUAUUCAAGGCAGAGAGCUGAAGAAUCUCUGCUUUUUCAUUCCCAAUCUGGGCACCACUGCCGUUGGAAUUACGCUUCUUACGUACGGUGGUAAGCUGCAGCUGGGUAUACUAGCCGAUCGUGCGGUCAUUCGCACAGAAGACGAAGCCCAUAGCAUUCUUCGUGGAACGAUCGAGGAAAUUGAACGUAUGGGCCAGUUAUUAGAUGAAGUUUGAUUAACUAAAACUUGUGAUUUUUCAUUUUGACCUAUAUCUCUCGCAUUUAAAAUAUACUAUCAUUAUUUUAAUUAAAA